GAGCACCACCUGAUAAUACCUCCAAAAACGUUUUUGGAAAUCAAAUUUGUUUCGGCUUUCUCCAAAAGCGACAAAAACAACCAAACGAGUCCCCAUUUCAGCUACAGGAACAGGUAAGAGAGAAAGAGAGCGGGGGGUUAGGGUUUCGCUUCGUUUCUAUGCCUUGUACGUGCUCUGAGAAUUGUUCUCAUCGAGAAGAAUCAGAUGUUUCAGUCCUCAAAGGAACUGAAUUGGGUUUAAAAUUUGGUGGUUUAAGAAGCACUGAUAUUGAGUUAAUGAUGUUUUUGGGUAUUGAUACCAUGGGGUGAACUGAAUUGUGUUUAAAUUUUGGUCGUUUACGAAGCACUGAGAUUGGGUUAGUGAGGUUUUUGGGUAUUGGUACCAUGGGUGAAAUUGCGGGAACUUCCGAAUCUGGUUCUACUAGAGAAUUGAGUUCACAGCUAGUGAGGGUUUGGUCUUCUCGCGAGGAGGAUAGUUCACGCAGGCAAGCGACUCAUUUUGGGGGUAGUGGGUCAAGGAAUACGAGCCCUCUAGGCCGAGCUGGUUCAAGGAAUACUAGUCCUUCUAGGCAGAAGGUGAUUAAGACUAAACCAAGGGGCUUAGAUGAGGAGAUGAUUUCUACAUUUGCUAAGGCCACUCACCCUGAUGUGCAAAUGGAAGAUAAUAUAUGGGCAAUGUUACCUGAAGAUCUGUUGAAUGAAAUCUUAGCCAGGGUUCCUCCAUUCAUGAUUUUCCGGCUCCGAUCCGUUUGUAAACGAUGGAAUUCAAUUUUACAGGACAAUAGUUUUCUUAAGUUUCAUUCACAAGUGCCAUCCCAUGGGCCUUGUCUUCUCACAUUUUGGAAGAAUUCACAGACCCCGCAGUGUUCGGUGUUUAGCUUGCCAUUGAAACAAUGGUAUAGGAUCCCGUUCACAUUUUUACCACAAUGGGCAUUCUGGUUGGUUGGUUCAUCAGGUGGUCUUGUUUGCUUCUCUGGACUCGAUGGGUUGGCCUUUAAAACUUUAGUUUGUAACCCUCUCACACAGACAUGGAGGACAUUGCCGAGUAUGCAUUAUAAUCAGCAAAGGCAGUUGAUUAUGGUUGUUGAUAGGAUUCACAGAUCAUUUAAGGUUAUAGCCACUAAUGAUAUUUAUGGGGACAAGUCAUUGCCAACUGAAAUAUAUGAUUCAAAGCUUGACUCUUGGUCGCUGCAUCAGACAAUGCCUGCCGUGAAUCUUUGUUCCUCAAAGAUGGCAUUUUGUGACUCAAGGUUGUAUCUGGAGACUCUUUCGCCGCUUGGUUUAAUGAUGUAUCGUCUGGACACUGGAUACUGGGAACACAUUCCAGCUAAAUUCCCAAGGUCUUUGUUGGAUGGGUAUCUAGUGGCUGGCACUCAGAAACGUCUGUUUUUAGUUGGAAGGAUUGGUCUUUACAGUACUCUUCAAAGUAUGAGAAUAUGGGAAUUGGAUCAUGCAAAGAUCGCCUGGGUUGAAACAAGUAGGAUGCCACCAAGGUACUUUCGAGCUCUUUUGAGGUUGUCUGCUGAGAGAUUCGAGUGUUUUGGCCAGGAUAAUUUGAUCUGCUUCACAUCUUGGAACCAGGGGAAGGGCUUGCUCUAUGAUGUGGAUAAGAAGGUUUGGUCUUGGAUUGCUGGCUGCGCUCUGCAGUCCUACAACAGCCAAGUUUGUUUCUAUGAGCCAAGAUUUGACGCUUCAAUUCAUUAAUCAGGUUUAAGCUUUCCAAUAUUCAUCUCUCUCUUCUUCUUCUUCAUCGGGUGUUACUCUUUCUGCUUCCCUUAUGCAUGAGCAAGGUUCUUCAAAUUGGGCCGUGUCUGGUGUCUCCUUCCUUUGUUUGGCUAGUGUCUCCAUUUGCUUAAGAUAGGGCAGCUUAGGGAGAUCUAAUCUUGUCCCCAAGAAUUCUACAAUAGAGCUUUGGUUCUCACUUUUUAACAGGUAUCUGGAGGAUGUCGGUUUUCAUGAUUGGCAAUUGGACGCGGGCUGGGUUUUAUUAGAGGUCUUACUUUGAGGAUCAUGACUUUUUGGGGAGAGAAUUUUUUCCAAUUUGUGUACGCCAAUUGAAAUUGUUUAUCAAAUGCAAGGUAAACUUAAACUCAAUACUGAUAGAUGCUCCAAAGGAGACCUAAGGCAGGCAGGCUAUGGAGGUCUGCUACGAGAUAAAGCUGGUACUUGGAUAUGGGGUUACUAUGGCAAGUUAGGCAUUGUUGGAAAAUGACUUUUGUGUAACCUUAUUUUUUGCUAACUUUGAGCAUUAAUUAAUGUGUGACCCAAACAUUAUUUUUAACAUUUCUAAUUGGGUUCAUGGUUUAAUGUCGCAUAGUGAAUAACAUCGUGUAUUUGGUUGUUCAAAACUAUUUCCAGAUGAAUGAGAAUUUAGCGCACGUUUUCAGGUU